AUGGCUCUAGAAGCACUUAACUCACCCACCACUACUUCUACUACCCCAAAUUUAACGUUCAAUGAACCAUCUCUUCGUGACUCUGAACCAUGGACCAAACGAAAACGUUCUAAGCGUUCACGUUCUUGCACUGAAGAAGAGUAUCUCGCUCUCUGUCUCAUCAUGCUAGCUCGCGGAACCACCACCACCACCACGACCAACCGCCACAGUUUCAAACCAUUACCAACAACAACAACAACAACAACCGCUGACAACAACAUCAAGCUGAGUUACAAAUGUUCUGUCUGCAACAAAGAGUUCUCUUCUUAUCAAGCACUCGGUGGACAUAAAGCAAGUCACAGGAAACACUCUACCAACUGUGGUGAUGACCAUUCAACUUCCUCAAAUUCUGCUAACGCCGCUACCACCGUUGUAAGCGGUGGCGGUGUUAGAUCUCAUGAAUGUUCGAUUUGUCAUAAGUCGUUUCCGACAGGACAGGCUUUGGGUGGACACAAACGUUGUCACUACGAUGGCGGUGGUGCUGUAACUGUAACUAACUCAGAAGGUGUGGGGUCCACACAUACUGUUUCUCAUAGUCAUAAUCAUAGUCACCGAGGUUUCGAUCUGAACAUCCCCGCUUUUCCGGAGUUUGGUGACAAGGUCGGAGAAGACGAGGUUGAGAGUCCUCACCCUGUGAUGAUGAUGAAGAAGAAGCCUCGUGUUUUCGUGGUGCCCAAGAUUGAAAUUCCUCAUCACUAA